GCUUGUGUGGCUCAGACCGGCAGUCGCUCCGGCACGCUCACGUCCUCUAUGUCCAUGGGCAUGGGUUUGGGUCUGGGGCUGGGCGCUCCCGCCAUGAUCAGCAGCGGCACGGCCACCAUCUCAUCCGCGGCCGCCGCCAAGAUGAACCGGCUCCCGGCCAACCUGCUGGACCAGUUGGAGCGCCACCUCCCGCUGCAGCGCGACGGCUUCAGCACACUGCAGUUCCACCGGCGCAGCCGCGGCUCCAAGCAGCGCAGCGAGAGUCCCAGCCGCAUCCGCAACCUGGUGCAGUCCGUCCAGAAGCUCUUCGCCAAGUCUCAGUCCCUAGAGGUGUCGGCGGUCAAAGGGAGCAUCACCGCCGGGCCGGCCGGAGACGCGGCUAAAGCGGCCCGCCGCAGCAAAAGCAAAGACCGGGCGAAGACCGAAGGCACCAAGCGCCGGCCGCGGCCCAACCUCUCAGGCUUCUGGAGCUCGGAUGACGGUUUGGAGGACGAGGCUCCGGCUCAGCCCGCCGCCGGGCCCCUGGCGGUGGCGUAUCGGAACCCUCUCAGCAUGAUGACGCUGGGAAGGGCCGUGUCGGACAGUCAGGCGGCUCCCAGACCGCAUCCGCAGGGAUACAACACCAUAGCGGCGCAUUCGCUCAAAUCCUCCAAGAGCAGCGGAGACCUCAAGCCCACCGUGAGCCUGCCGCCCUCCACGGGCCAGACGGGGGAGACCGCGCUGGUCAAGAGGGGCUCGUGGUCCACGCUGACUCUGAGUCAGGCCCGACAGGUGCUGCAGAAGGGCUCCGCCACCGUCAACCGCACCCUGCUGAAGUCCAAGUCCUGCCACGGCCAGGAGAUGACCUGCAACUUCCUACAGGUGCCUGGAGGUGAGUGGAGCGGGACGCUGGGUAAAGGAGGCGGUGCGGGCGAGAUCCCCUGCAGACGAAUGCGCAGCGGCAGUUACGUCAAAGCCAUGGGGGACAUGGAGGACAGCGACGACUCGGACGGACCCCCAUCACCCAAACCCUCGCCCAAAACCGCUGCCAGGCGCCAGAGUUACCUGAAGGCCACGCAGCACUCGCUCAGCGAACAACAGCCUCCACUGCUACCGCCUCGCAAGUGCACCUCCCUCUUUCUGCCCGUCUCACCUGUAACCCUGCCUCUCUCCAGCCGUCUGCUGGACUACUCGAUGCUGCAGGGGGACCUGGAGGCUCUCUGGUCCCCCCUCCACAGCAUCAGCACCCUGCAGCAGAUCGGACGCUCUGUCAGCUGUCUUCCUUCUCUGCGAGAGUUCUCUGGGAAUCGCAGCCUGGAUAACCUGGACUGCAUCGGAGGCAGUUCUCCGUUCCCAAACUGGGACGAUGAUGACUUCAGUCAGGGCUGCAGCACGCUGGGACGAGGCAGCUGCAUCAGUCAGGUGCGAGACAUGGAGUUGAGCCAGCAUUACGGAGACGAGCUGGACGACAUGCAUCUUCACUCGCGCUGCAGCGAGCCUCCCGACAUGCCCAUGCCCACGUGCUUCCGCUCACGCAGCCAUAGUUACCUUCGUGCCAUCCAGGCCGGCUGUUCUCAAGACGACGACACGGCCUCCAUGGAUUCUGAUUCCCCGCCUCCCACGACCACCACCACCGUCCGCACCUACAGCAACAGCACCGUAUCAUCAUGUAUCACCACCUACAAGAAGACUCCUCCACCUGUACCUCCUCGCACCUCCACCAAGCCCUUCAUCUCCAUCACGGCCCAGAGCAGCACAGAAUCCGCGCAGGACGCUUACAUGGACGGUCCGGGGACGCGGGGGGAACCCGUCCUCCACUCUGGCCUGAGCAAUUCCACCGAGAGCAUCGAUAGCAUGAAAGCGCUGACGGCAGCCAUCGAGGCGGCCAACGCUCAGAUCCACGGCCCUGCCAGUCAACACGUCAGCAACAGCACCAUCACCAUCAGCACCACCCCUCCCUCUCCGCUGNCCAUGCCCAUGCCCAUGCCCAUGCCCGUCCCUGUCCCCAUACCCAUCCCUGCCCUGGAAGACGUCCGCAGGGAUGUGCUCAGGAAGAGCAGGUGCCUUUCUAUCGGCAUCCAGGUGGAUGGGCCUGAGGACCAGGAGCNUAAUCCUUCUUUUGUUCUUGGGUUCAGUCACCGGCGGUUCAAGCGUUCGAACAGCGUGACGACAGCGGUGCAGGCUGAUCUGGACACUCCGGACUACACACCAGCCGACUCUCCUGUCACAGAUUUCCCCUCCUCGGGCUGCUUGUCACGGCAGUACUCACGUGAUGCCGCCACCUCCACCGUCAGCAUCCAGGGCUCAGGGAAUCACUACCACGCCUGCACCUCAGAUGACUACGAGGAUGUCGGCUUCGAUCCCUCCAUCCUUCCUCCACCUGACCCUUGGAUCGAUAGCGUAACGGAAGAUCCCCUGGAAGUCGUGGGCCGCUCGGUGUGUCAGCGUGACGGCCGCUGGUUCCUGAAGCUGCUGCAGGCGGAGACUGAACGCAUGGAGGGCUGGUGCAGGCAGAUGGAGCACGACGAGAAGGAGAACAAGCUACCUGAUGACGUCCUGGGGAAGAUCCGCAGUGCGGUGGGAAGCGCACAGCUGCUCAUGUCCCAGAAGUUUCAGCAGUUCAGGGAACUGUGUGAGGAAAAUCUUAACCCAAACGCUCACCCACGGCCAGUGGCUCAAGAUCUCGCAGGUUUCUGGGACAUGCUUCAGCUUUCCAUCGAGAAUAUCAGCUUAAAGUUCGAUGAGCUUCACCAGCUCAAAGCCAACAACUGGAGACCCCUCGACCCCCCUGAGAGAAAGGAGAGAAGGCUGCCUCCCCCAGUGCCAAAGAAACCCCCGAAAGGCCACCCUCCCCUGGCCAGAGAUCGCUCGUUGGAAAGCACUGAGAAGCAGCGGCAGGAGGCGCGCAAGCGUUUGAUGGCGGCCAAACGAGCCGCUUCGGUACGGCAGAACUCGGCCACAGAGAGCGCAGACAGCAUCGAGAUCUAUAUACCUGAGGCCCAGACCAGAUUAUGAAACUGCCAAAACGCACUCUCACACACACACGAACGCCCAAGUGCAGAAAUCCGCCGUGAGCACAACACGUCACACAGAUCUACAUUUGCCUAAUGAUAAGAUCACUGUAUAUUAGGAGCGACAUACACCAGCACCAUGAGAGCACAGUAGUAGGAAUUUGACCUUUCAUUACUAAAACAAAGGACAUCCGAGAUAGAUCUACAUCAUAUUUCUAUGACACUAAGACUUCAGGACAAAUCACUUGUUUAAUUUUACACAAAUGAAAACGAGGCUGUUGUUGUUUUUUUUUGUCUCUU